AUGGCUGAUAUCCCAACCUUUCGCAACCUCUCGCUCGAGAGGCAUGGAAGCGUUUUCGUUUUGACUAUGCAGAAACCCCCAGAGAAUCGAUUGAAUUCUUUGUAUUGCCAGGAGAUGAUACGCGCCUAUCGGACAGUCGAGAAACUGCUAGGACCUGACUCCGAAGGCGCUGUUAUCACUCGAGGCAAUGAUGCCAAAUUCUGGUGCACUGGUCUCGAGCUAGAUGAAGCAGACACCAAUCCAUUUGCGAAUACAGAUGGCUUUUAUCCGCUUAUACAUACUAUCCUUGAUUUCCCCUUCCCAACGAUUGCAUUACUCACUGGUCACACAUUCGGGGGUGCCUGUCCUCUUGCACUGGCGCACGACUAUCGCAUCAUGAAUUCACGCCGAGGUUUCAUUUCUAUGCCACCCGUGAACCUUGGUCUGCAUUUCGACGGAAUUGGUUCUCUUCCAAGGCUGAAAUUGCGUCCUCAAAUCGCGCGCAAGAUGCUACUCGAAGCGCACAAGUGGACCGGUAAGGAGGCUCUAGAAGAUGGGAUUGUGGACGAGAUUGCUGAACCGGAGAAAAUGCUUGAUGCUGCACUCGAGCUUGGGAAUAAGGUGGCACCUAAGGCUAGAAUGGGGGUUUAUGCUCUGUUGCGUCAAGAGCUUUGGGGUGAUGCGAUCAAGAAAUUCCAGCGGAUUAGCUAUGUGCAUAGUCGGAUGACCACUGCUCCUGCAAAGGCCAAAAUAUGA